GCCACACGGCUGUAUGGCUUCCGCGUCGGCAUCGAUCAUCAGCCAGUCCAGUAAAGUCCCAGUGACCGUGUGUAUAACGCUUUGGUCAGGCGAGCGCGAAACCUGAUAAAACGUCGAGCUGCAGUGCGGAAGAGGAGCUUGUCGAUUUUUGCGAUAGAGUUUGCUGUGCUUUUUGGGGGAAAGUUCGUUAUGGAAGUCCCGAAUUGAAUGUAUAGAGAUUUACGAUCCGAUCGAUCCUAAGCGGCAGCCCCAUGGUGUGCACAUUAGUCGGCAUCAAGCUCUUCCUCGCGAACGCCCCGGGCGCCUUCGUCAUCGGCUACUCCUUCACCCUGAUGUGCAUCUACCUGCUGGUAGUCGUGUAAAUCGCGUGGAAAAUGAAGAGACUUCACGACGGCGUUCUGAACGAUCUGAACUUUUUCAACUGGCACUCGCGUUAAAUGGAUAGAGUCAUCUGGCAGUUCGUACUGCAGCUCUCGGUCCUCUUCCUUCUCAACGUAUUCAUGAUCUACUUUUACAUGUACAUUUACCGUGAAAAAAUUAAGAAUCGCCAGUGAUGGUUUCAAAGUUCGUCGUUUUGCUGCUGCUGCCGUUCGUCAGCAUAGCCGUUCACAAACUUUAUCAGCUGGAGGUCGAUCCUGCCGAUUUCGUCUGUCAUCAUCAGAAACAGAUCAAGGGAGAUCCCGGAAACCUCUUCGAGUUCAUCACGACUCCUCUAGCUUUGGAAAAGCUGUUGCCUUGGCUGACGAGGUUCAAGGAAGCGGACAAGCGGAUCGUUGCCCCGGGAAAGUCCUACAGAGCCGUCGUGGAGGUACCGUUUUUAGGAGAGAGGCUGGUCAGAGCACUGCUAACGGAUUACAAGCCAUCGAAACUCUUCGCCUUCGACUUCUCUAACGAUCUCUUGAAACAAAGAAUCGUUAUCCAGACGCGCGGCUACCACGAUCGAGCGCUCCUACAAACGACCAUCUAUUUCCGCCGCACUUCGCUGAUAUAUCAAUACACCAUCGGGUAUGCGCUGAGGGUGAUUAUGAAAAAUCAGCUGGAAGAGUCAAUGAAGAAUGUGGCCACGCUGUUCGAGAAUGUCGGUGGACCUGACAAGAUUCCGAAUUUUUCGACGAAUAACGCGUGAUGGGUAAUAAUUGCAUAGUAAGCUCUUUUGCUCGAUAAACAACGACUUGAAUUUGUACAUAUAUUUAUAUUCACUGAAAUAUAUGUAAAUUGUUGAAAGUGUUAUUUAUGAAUUUCGUGAAAUAAUUCGUCAACGACAAAAAGAGGGCUUGUCGAUCUUCUCGUGGAAGAGCCCUGCAUUACCGACGUAGGGUAUGGCUGCAAGAUGCUUACAUUUUUAAAAAGAAGAGGGCCGACACGUUAUCGAUCGAUCUGGCGCGCAAAAUAAAUGAAGAAUUGUGCAAUCUUUUUCUUGUAUUUUUCUUGUAUACUACCUUUUUUCAGAAGAGAAUGAUAAUAAAAAUAUCAUCAAUCAUG